CAUUUGUUAAACUCUUCCUUCUCACAUUAGUUAUUCCAAGAGAAUUUGUUUGAAGCUUCUAUUUUUACAUCAACACUUGAUAUAAUUCAUCAAGUGUAGAUUUUCUUUAUCAAUUUAUUUCCAACGGGCAAGAGUGGUUGCGUGAGAUGGCAUUUGUAUGAGCUAUAUGGGUCUUACCGGUUUGGGUGCUAGUGUGGCUAGGAGAGCAGGGGUGGUAUGGAUAGAGUAAAAGAUCCAUGACAUAGAAUGGAUAGAGCGAAGGGUCCAUGUUGAAUUCUUCAUACACUGAUACCACGUUGAUAUAAUUCAUAAUUGAGUUGAGAUCACUCAACUUAACUAAUUCAACCCAGAUCAGAAGGCCAGCCUGAAGAAAUGGCAGGAAUAACACACAAAGUGACAGGAAUUAUAAUCUUAUUAGUGGGGAUAAUCUCUGCAUUCAUCAUCAUCUUCCUAGCCCGGAUGAGGCUUGAAAGCAAAAUAGACCAGUUUCCAUGUUUCCAUAUUUCCCAAUCUUCACAACUCUUCUUCCUGGGAGCUCUCAUAUUAGCAGCAAACGUGAUUGGAUGCGUUCUGUUUUGCUGUUAUAAGAAGGGAAUGAUCAAAUGGCUUCUCUUAGCUUACUGGGUAUCCAUGAUUCUUCUCAUCGUAUGGGUGGCAUACUUGGUUUAUUUCAUGUACAAGCUCAGCGCCAUUCAAGAUUCCGGCGCGGUGGCGACGAGCAGGACGUACUCUGAAUACCAUCUCAAUGUCGACGGCGGCGGCAUCCCCGGCUGGCUUCGCCGGCGGGUUACUGAUGGGUGGGAUAGUCUCGCAGGAUGUCUUGGCUCUUCUGAUAAGUGUGCUGUUUUGAGUCAGAAAUACCCCAUGGCUCAAGAUUUCUUCAAUGCCACUCUCACCCCCUUUCAGUCGGGAUGUUGCAAACCGCCAACACCGUGUGAGUUCCAAUUUGUGAACGCAACAAAUUGGAUAGCGGAAAUAAACCCGAGAGUAGACGCAGAUUGCACGAAAUGGAGCAAUGCCCAAGCACAACUUUGCUACACUUGUGAUUCUUGCAAAGCCGGAUUGGUUGCUACCGUUAGGAGUGCAGCAAAUGAUCCAUUCCAUCUUUUGCUUCUGGCCUUGGUGUUGCUGAUUGGUGUUAUUGUUUUUGGGGUCGUAUCUGCUUAUGUGAAGCCCAAAAAACCCAAAGCUGAGAAUGACCCUGGAAAACAAUCGAAAGACAAUGCAACUUGAAGAAUGUGGCUAGCUAUAAAUCGUACGGAGUAUCUAUUUUGAUGUAUGUGUCCCUUUUUUGGGUUGUACUUGUAUGUAACAACAAUUGGUGUAAUUGUCAUUGAGAGAAUAUAUAUGCCGUUAUGUACUAUUUUCGUGAAAUCAUUUGGAAAAACACCAUUCCGCUUAGUAGUACUACUACCACCAUCCCUAAUAAAACUUCCAAAUGAGU